GGAGAAACAUUCACUGGCACCCAUAAAAAACCACCAAUUAUAUCUGUCAACUUCCCCACUUCUUUCCAUUCAUUUAUAAUAUCCCAUUGUGCCUACAUUGAUAUUUCAUCUCUCUAAAAUUCUCUCUUAGCUCUAACAAAUUUCUUUUCUUGGGUCAUUCAUUUAGACCCAUUGUGCCUACAUUCAUAAAAGUUUUCCAUAAAAAAUCUUCUCUUUAUUUGUCAAAGUAAUUUGCCUGGAAAUUUCAUAAAGGGUGUUUUUUUUACCUGAAUUUAUCAGGCUGUUUAAUCAAGGGGGUUGUUUGGUUUAUACAUUCUAAUACAUAUUAUUGAAUUAUGGGAAGGAAAAAUAGAGGAACAACAAAAGGAAGGGUAUCAAGAAUUGGAAGUUAUGCAAUUGCCUCAACAAUUGAUGAACCCAAUUCAAUUUCUUGUACCACUUUUAAUAUUCUAGCACCCAUUUAUAAAAGACUUAAUCAUGAGGACCAGACCUGCAGAGAAAGUGAUUAUAAGUCUAAUUGGUUGAGCAGGAAUAAUAGGAUAUUGGAUUGGUUAUUGGUUGAAAGGUCUUCAAUUAUUUGUCUUCAGGAAUUCUGGGUUGGGAAUGAAGAGCUUGUUGGUAUGUAUGACAAGAGGCUAGGAGAUGCUGGAUAUAUUAAUUUCAAGCUUGCACGAACCAAUAAUCGCGGUGAUGGUCUGCUGACCGCUGUUCAUAAAGACUACUUCAGGGUUAUAGCCCACAGAGAGUUGCUUUUCAAUGAUUUUGGAGACCGUGUUGCUCAGCUAUUGCAUGUUGAACUAAUUGCACCUUUCGCACAAUGUCGAACCACUAAUGUUCGGCAAGAAAUGUUGAUCGUGAACACCCACCUUUUGUUUCCUCAUGAUUCAAGUUUCUCUAUGGAACGACUGCGACAGGUAUACAAGAUAUUGGAAUAUGUGGACUCGUAUCAGAAAGAAAAUAAGCUUAACCCCCUGCCAAUCAUACUGUGCGGUGACUGGAAUGGGAGCAAACGGGGCCAUAUUUACAAAUUCCUCAGAUCUCAAGGAUUUGUAUCAUCAUAUGAUACUGCUCACCAGUACACUGAUGCUGAUGCUCACAAGUGGGUGAGCCACCGUAAUCACCGCGGAAACAUCUGCGGUGUGGAUUUUAUUUGGCUUUUAAAUCCAAAUAGCUACAGGAAAUUGCUGAAAACAAGUUGGAGAAAUGCAAUUUUUGGGAUGUUCAAGUAUCAACUUCGCCGAGCCUCUUUGACUGAGAAAGAUGCAUUUGCUUUUCUGAAAGCUGACAGUGAUGGUGAUUACAUUACAUAUGCUGGGUUUUGUGAAGCACUCCGGCAGCUUAAUUUGAUUGGACAUUGCUAUGGGCUGAGUGCUGAGGAGAUCAACGACUUGUGGUUGCAAGCAGAUAUUGAUGGAAAUGGAGUUCUUGAUUACAAUGAAUUUAAGCAGAAUCGGGUAUGGAAUCCCUCACGAUCAGAGCAUAGAGAUGCAAUAAAUGAUGAGUCAUGGGACGACAUUACCGAGGAAACAAUUGGCUUUAGUGUCAAGAAUGCAGUUCUCUUCCCCACAGAAGCUGAGAAGGGAACGUGGCCUGAAGAUUAUUCACUUUCUGAUCACGCGAAGCUUACCGUGGUAUUUUCACCUGAAAGAAUGUUAUGCUGUCAAUUGUCCCGAUAGAUUCUUGAACGUUGAUUGCCUUGAACUGCAUUUUAAGUAAGAAAGACUUGAGGGUUGUAGCCAGACUACAGGAUUCUCAAACUGCCGCCUGAGUUCUCGAACUGGGAAAACUUAUGCUUGGUUCCAACUGAGCUCUGGUGAAGACUGUAAUACCUUCUUGAGGCACACAUAGGUUUGCUAAGUAUUAUAGUACAAGAUGUGACCUCUCCUUCAGAUUAUAUGGCAAAGUGGGGGCUGAUGCCUGUAUAUUCCAGUUCCUUCAAAGUGGCUAUCCAUGUUGAUCAAGGCCUACUCUGGCUUAUGAGUAUAAUGCCAUAAUGGGGUUCAUAUCGUCAUUUCCUCGUUACCUCUGCGGUUCCAUGCUGGUACAUUAGGGUAGAGUUGGAAGUAUAUAGAGGAAGCAGGAUAUGUAAAUAUUUAGUUUUACGAAAGAUCUGGCUCAGUGACGAUCCUCUUUGUUGUCGACUGAGCGUUUUGACUGCUGCAGUAUUCAGUCUGAUAAUAGCAUUGUGUAUUAUAUUUAGUUGCAACAACUACUGAAGUUGUUUAAACAAUAUCAAAAUAAAAUGUUGUGUGUAACCUCGGUUGCUUUUGUUGAUGCA